UAGAAAAAUAUAAACUUAUACACACAUUGUUCUCUGCUGGAUUGCAGGUAUGCAAUAAAAAAUACAUUGAAAAUAAUCUGUCCUUCAUGCAAAUUAAAUUCUUGUAAACGGGUUGUAACGUUCCCCUUAAUCAGUUUAAACUGUACGUUAUUGCAAUAUUUUACAAGAGGGCAGACCUGCCCACCGAGGAGUUUCCACUUUCCUUCAGGCAGAUUUUGCGGGCGCCUCGAAGGGUCCUCAUUCACGUGCGUCAGAGGCAGCACGUUGCGUGGGUUACGCGGCGGCGCAGCCAGUUCAUCCUCGUCCGGAGCAAGUACCAUUUAGCUGGGUCACAGGCUUGCUUUCUUCGUGGUCAGUCACCACGUUGUUCCGCAGACUUUUCUCCAGGGUCGUCUGCUGCUCCGACAUGGGGAAGAGAAGCAGGCAGAGGCAGAAAGCCCAGCAUGCCGGCCGGGACAGCAGAGACAGCGCGGGCUGGGGUGCUGGCUAUGCUGACAUUGUCAAGGAGAACAAGCUGUUUGAGCAGUACUAUAAGGAGCUAGGUCUGGUACCCGAGGGAGAGUUUGAACAGUUCAUGGAGGCAAUGAGGGAACCUCUGCCUGCAACCAUCCGCAUCACUGGAUACAAGAGCCAUGCCAAGGAGAUCCUUCACUGUCUAAAGGAAAAAUACUUUAAGGAUAUUCAGGAGCUGGAAAUCGAUGGCCAGAAGAUUGAAGCUCCACAGCCUCUCAGCUGGUACCCUGACGAGCAGGCCUGGCACACCAACAUGAGCAGGAAGAUCAUAAGGAAGUCUCCCCUACUGGAGAAGUUCCACCAGUUUCUGGUCAGCGAGACUGAGUCGGGUAACAUCAGCCGACAGGAAGCUGUCAGCAUGAUCCCUCCUCUGCUGCUGAAGAUUGAGUCCCAUCACAAGAUCCUGGACAUGUGCGCAGCUCCAGGGUCGAAGACAGCCCAGCUGAUUGAGAUGCUCCAUGCUGACAUGGAUGUGCCUUUUCCAGAGGGCUUUGUCAUUGCAAAUGAUGUUGACAACAAGCGCUGCUACUUGCUCGUGCACCAGGCCAAGCGUCUUAACAGCCCCUGCAUCAUGGUGGUGAACCAUGACGCCUCCUGCAUCCCCACCCUUGAGAUCGACUCCAAUGGGAAGAGGGACGUCCUCUUCUAUGACCGCAUCCUGUGCGACGUUCCCUGCAGUGGGGAUGGCACCAUGAGGAAGAACAUAGACGUGUGGAAGAAAUGGACAACCAGCAACAGCCUGCAUCUCCACGGGCUCCAGCUGCGCAUCGCGGUGCGCGGUGUAGAACAGCUGGCCGUGGGAGGGAGGAUGGUCUACUCCACCUGUUCACUCAACCCCAUAGAGGAUGAAGCUGUCAUAGCAGCACUGCUGGAGAAAAGUGAAGGAGCGCUGGAGCUGGCCGACUGCUCAGCUGACCUGCCAGGGCUGAAGUGGAUGCCUGGGGUCACUUCCUGGAAGCUGAUGACCAAAGAGGGCCAGUGGUACACGGACUGGUCCGAGGUCCCAAGCAGUCGUCAUACUCAGAUCCGACCCACCAUGUUCCCGCCAAAAGACCCGGAGAAACUGGCCAGCUUUCAUCUGGAGAGAUGCAUGAGGAUUCUGCCACAUCACCAGAACACUGGAGGUUUCUUUGUGGCUGUGCUGGUGAAGAAAGCCCCGAUGCCUUGGAACAAAAGAUAUCCCAAGCUAAGAAAAGACACCAAGUCGUCCAGCUUAGCUGCCCAGGCUGGAGGCUCUGAGGCGGCUUCGUCACAAGGAGAUACUCCACAUCUCCCCCCUGAGGGUUCCUCGGAGAGGGUGGAGGGGAACAGCCAAGAAGAAAAAGUUGAUAAAGACACAGAGGAGGAGGCACCUGAGGGAGCUUCUCUGCCUCAGGAGGCCAGUGCUAAAUCAGAGGGGGUGUGUGGCCCUCCACCUUUGAAGAAGAUGAGGCUGUUUGGUUACAAAGAAGACCCCUUUGUGUUCUUAACUGAAGAUGACCCUGUCUUCACCACCAUACAAUCUUUCUAUGAUCUGUCCUCCAACUUCCCCAAGCUCAACGUUUUGACCCGGACCCAUGAGGGCAAGAAGAGACACUUAUACAUGGUGUCCAAAGAGCUCCGCAAUGUGCUGCUCAAUAACAGUGAACGCAUGAAGGUCAUUAACACAGGGGUGAAGGUGUGGUCUCGCAACAGUGAAGGAGAGGAGUUUGGCUGUGCCUUUAGACUGGCUCAGGAGGGCAUUUACACUCUCCAGCCAUAUAUACGCUCCAGGAUCAUUAGAGUGAGUGUGGAGGACAUCAAAGUGCUGCUGACCCAGGAGAACCCUUACCUCAGCAAGCUGGAGGAUGAAGCACAUGCGCAGGCCCAGAAAAUUGGAAUGGGGAGCAUCGUGCUGAAGUACAUCCCAAACCCAAAUAACCCCGUGGAACCUCAGUGUUCCAUUCAGCUGUGUGGCUGGAGGGGAAAGACGUCCAUCCGAGCCUUCGUCCCACGCAACGAGAGGUUCCAUUACCUCCGAAUGUUGGGUGUAGAGGUCUUCAGAGACAAACAGGGCCUAGGGCAGAAACGGAGUGAUAGGGAAAAGGAAGGUAAGGUGGAAGUAGAGGAUGCAGUGGAGAAGGAAGAGGAAGGAGCAGCAGAAAAAGAGGUGGAGCUGGAUUUGGAGAACAGCAAUGAAAACGGAUCAUCAGAACCAAAGACCGACUGUGGCGACAAAGAGACCAGUAGCUGAGAAUGUGGAGGUGACUGUAAAGAGGAAGGAGGGCUGACUGAUGUAUGGGAGCUUUAAGAGCUGCUGACCAUGUCCACCACCACACAGCGUGGUGCAGGAGGGUUAUGUGCCUCUACGGCUUUCUCUGUUCACCACACUGCCAGUGUAGAAGGAUUCCCUCCCAGAGAUGCACUCCCAUGGGAUUUUUCAUUUAUUGGAGCCCCUCCAGGAGUCAGCAUUUUAGUUAACUAGCUUAUCUUAUUUUAUAAACAGUUUCUUUUUAUGUCUUAACAAAAGUUUUCCACUCAAAAAAUGGAAUACAUACAUCACAGUUUUCAGUUGCUCACAUUUCGGGAGAUUUGUAUUAAUUGCCGUUUUAUUUUUUACACCUGUAAUUAAGCAGAAGUACAGACCUGAUUAAAAAUGGAUGCUUAAAAGGU